AUGCCAGCACGCAAUCAGGCCAACCAGGUCACCAUCGGUGGUGUGACCAUCAUGACACAGGCGACCCCGGCAACUGAUGUGGGUGUCUCGCUUGUCGCCAUGAAGAAAGAAAACAGGUCAGCAUUGGACGCAGAUAAGAAGCACGCCUUCUUUCAACUCAUCACAAAGCAUCAACAUACCUCGUUUGAUCUCCAACCGCAGACCAUGCAAAGUGUUCAAAACCUUCAAGAAAGCUAUGAUCUUGGCGUCGGCCUUGCCAACAUGCAAAUGCACUUCAAGCGCUAUGACGUCCUGGACGUUUUCACUAUUGUAUUUCCUUCCAAGAAUGCGAUCGGUGAACAAACGGGACAGUUAGAGACGGAUAAUUUUAACGUGACCAAGACAGUGUUUCUGUUCGAUUGCUACGCCGAACUUACCGCUGACCAGGUGGCAGAAAGCUGCAAGUGGUAUACAAGGUGGCCCGACGCAACCACCAGUCCUUGGUUCCGCGAGAACUUAAGCCUGUCCUAUGAUUAUCUAUGCAAUCAUAUGACUUCACAAUUAUGGGGCAAAGUUCUCGAAGACCUUCUUCUUUAUCGGGAUACCCAAGGAAUGGGCGGUCCCUUGGUCUUCUUCUUCAUGAUGAAACGCCUCCAAGUCAACUCUCAGCUCGUCGUGGAGACGAUUCAAGGCCAGCUCAAGACACUUUGCAUUGAUCAAUAUGAAGGAGAAAGCGUGGACGAUUUGACAUUGAGUGAUCCCAAGUUCAAUGAGGUUUUCCACAACAAAGAAAUCAAUGCAUAUGAGCAGGCACUUACUCAAGGCGAUGCUGCUUAUGGUUCCCCUGAUAUGAUACUCGAUCAUCAACAUGCCCACCAACGCUGGGUCGACAGCUAG